UCGGGAGAGCGCACCGAGAGUCCAACCUCUCCACAGUCAGGAGCGCAAAGGAAAAUGUUUCUCUAAUCUUCAGGUUCCGAAGACGUUUGAGCAGACUCACAACAAGACUUCAAUUAACCGCGUGAUCUUCUAUCUGCUGACAGCGUUGCCGAGCUCCCAUGUAUCGAUGAAUUUCUACGGGAAACUAAUAAACGUCCUCCUGCUUGUGCUCCUCGCAGCGCAAGGGUGUUUUACAUCUAAAGGGGAGGACAGACUAUUUCGAAGGUUGUUCAGGAGGUACAACCAGUUCAUCCGACCAGUGGAGAAUGUAUCAGACCCAGUCACAGUGGAGUUUGAGGUCUCCAUAUCUCAGCUGGUCAAAGUGGAUGAGGUCAACCAGAUUAUGGAAACCAAUUUGUGGCUGAGACACGUCUGGAAUGACUACAAACUAAAAUGGGCCCCUGUGGAGUUUGAUGGGAUUGAGUUCAUACGAGUUCCGUCAAAUAAAAUCUGGAGGCCAGACAUCGUCUUGUACAACAAUGCUGUUGGCGACUUUCUUGUGGAGGACAAGACCAAGGCUUUGCUAAAGUUUGAUGGCACCAUCACCUGGGUCCCUCCAGCUAUUUUCAAAUCCUCCUGCCCCAUGGAUAUCACCUACUUCCCCUUUGACUACCAGAACUGCUCCAUGAAGUUUGGCUCCUGGACCUAUGACAAGGCCAAGAUCGACCUGGUGCUGAUUGGCUCAAAGGUGAACCUGAAAGACUUCUGGGAAAGUGGUGAGUGGGAGAUCAUUGAUGCACCAGGAUACAAGCACGACAUCAAGUACAACUGCUGUGAGGAGAUCUACCCAGACAUCACCUACUCCUUCUACAUCCGCCGCCUGCCUCUCUUCUACACCAUCAACCUCAUUAUCCCCUGCCUCCUUAUCUCCUUCCUCACUGUACUGGUCUUCUAUCUUCCAUCUGACUGCGGCGAGAAAGUCACCCUAUGUAUCUCCGUUCUCCUGUCCCUCACCGUGUUCCUGCUGGUCAUCACCGAGACUAUCCCUUCAACGUCACUCGUCAUCCCCCUGAUUGGAGAGUACCUCCUAUUCACAAUGAUUUUUGUCACCCUCAGUAUCGUCAUCACUGUGUUUGUGCUGAAUGUCCACUACCGCACCCCAAUGACUCACACUAUGCCAGAGUGGGUGAGGACUGUGUUCCUUGGGGUGCUGCCCAGGGUGAUGCUGAUGAGGCGGCCUAUCGACCAGGGCUGCUCCACCCCUGCUAUCACAGCAGGAGGAGGGAGCAUUAAAGGAAACAAGAAGAGAAAGAACAGCAUAGGAGGAGGAAGUAGCUCAACAAGUGUAAGUGUCGGGGGUAUAACUGGGGGUGUGGCAUUACCACCGCUGGACGGUGGUGCAGGAGGAGGAGGAGGAGGAGGAGGAGGGGCCACUUCAGCAGGUGGUCCAAUGAACUGUGUGGAAUACGGUGACCUGAACCGUGACAAGAAACGGGAUAUGAACAGGAGGUUCCCCUACAGAGGCAAGGAAGUACCCACUCCUGUCCCUCCCCCAAUGGUACCACCUCCCCCGCCUCAGGCACCCCAGAGCCAGGGGCCCCAGGAGUCGGAGCUGCCCAAGCUGCCAAGGCAACUGAAUACACCUUCCCCGGUCAACGCUGUGGUUGCCUUCUCUGUGAUAUCACCAGAAAUCAAGCAGGCCAUUGAGAGCGUGAAGUACAUCGCAGAGAACAUGAGAACUCGCAACAAAGCCAAAGAGGUGGAAGACGACUGGAAAUACGUGGCCAUGGUCAUCGACAGGAUCUUCCUGUGGGUUUUUGUGACGGUGUGUGUGCUGGGAACUCUGGGACUCUUCCUCCAGCCACUCAUUGGAUUUUUUAAAUGAGACAAUUUUUCUUCCCUGUGUCUCUUUGCUCUCUUUUGUCUACUUUCGUCUGUCUCUGUACCCCCCAACCCCCUUUUCAAUUACUUUGGGAAUUAUCCCUCCUGCAGUUCUUUCACAUCUCAAAACCAAGAUGUCUUCUUUCUACUCCCUUCAUUUUUGUCUCUUCUUCUGAGUCUUUCUCCUCUCUGGCUCUCCACAAUCAGCCAACACUUCUAGCCUUCAGCUGUCAGUUUCCUCACAUGACUUACCCUCAUUCCCUUAUUUCUCCUUCGCCUUGCCCUGUCACUUUGCACACGUUGCCGUUAUCCAGUCUCCUCCUCCCCAUCAGUUUUUUCAGCAUCUGUUCUCCUUUCCUUUUCUUUUUUUUUCUCUAGAGCCAUGUUUUGACCUGCCACUGCCUGCUGCUUAACUCUCUCAUUGUGUUCAUUAUUAUCUACAUUUAUAUUCUGUGUGUUUACCUCAAUAUGUCCACACAGUCAUUAUUAUUGUACAGUGUUAUAUUAUGUUUAACAAUGUCAUGUGAUUAUUUAAGUUAUCAAUAUGUAAUUACUAAGGAAGAAAAGCUCUUAUGAUUCAAAUCACUGAGAAAAAGGCACCUCAAUGUCCUUUGUGUUUUGCACUAAGACUUUGCCAUUGUAGACCAUUACAAUAAAGACAAUACAGUUUUGAAAAAUGUGGUACAGUAUGCCAGUGUAUAUUUUCAGACAGAUACUGUAACAUUGUCUGGUAAUAACAUAUACAAUGUUGUGAUCUGAAACAGUUUUAAUUUCUACCACUUUUUCUUUAAUCCAAGUAUUGCAUGGCUUAUGAGAAGGACACUGGCUAUGGCAAUACACGUAUGAUGUGUUUUCCUCAUGCAAUCACACAAAGUAUGUUUAUGCAUCUCACAUGAAUUCACAACUUGUAAACUGACAAUGUAUAGGAACACUUUGAAUUGCACAAUGUAGAAUAAACUGAUAUGAAAUCCUAAAAGAUGACAAACUGUGUCAAGUCAUAUCUAUCAAUAAAGAAGAUCCUGCACAACU